AUGCGUCUUUUCGUUGCUCUCUCGGCAGUAUUGCCGCUCAUCAGUGCUGAGGUUAUCGUGGGACAGUUGAACUUCUACUACGACACCAACUGCAAGUCCUACGCUGGUUCUGUCUACCCAUCUCCAACCGAAGCCUCCUCAGGCGUCCUAGGCAACGUCCGCGGCGGCCCCGCGGGCUCGAAAUCCCUCCUAUGGGUGAGUGGCGGCCUCGGCCCAGAGUGCCAGGGACCUUGGUUCUUCGCGUGCAAGAAUAAGGAGUGUAGUGCUUGGGAUGGGGUUGAGCAGGGAGAGUGCAAGAGUUUUGAGAAUGGGGUUUGGGGCGCUUAUCAGGAGUUGUGUCCUGUUGGGGAGUGA